AUGCCCUCCUCUCUCGUCACUUCUCUCCUUUGGACAGACCCCGAUGAUAUCCUGGUGGCCAAGGUCCUCGGUGCUAAACCCUCGGCUACCACCUACCUCCUAGGCUGCACCCCGGAGCCCGACGGCAGGGACUGCGGCCUCUACGCGGCCUUGACCUUGGGUCCAUGGGCCAGUGAGACACCGCCGCCGGGCGCCGCCAGGGCGGGUGACUUCGACCUCGACAUCACUGAUUCGAUUUAUCCCUGGACGUUCUCGAUGCACUGUGAGAUGAGUGGGACUGUUCCACAAAAAUGCACUACAAUCAACUUCGGGGACGACAAUGAUGGUCACCCCACGGCGACUUUUGGAUCAGAAGAAGAUGGGGAAGAGGAAGAGCUUGGCGGAUUGGUCUACGCGACCGUGACAAUCACAGAGGGCCUCGAGUUGCUUGCGGCGACAUAUUCUAGUUCUCACGAGACUACGGCUGCUUCGACUGAGGAGACAUCCGCCGGCGCCUCGUCGACCGCUGAAAGUGCAGCCUCUGCAACGGCUACAAGCAGUGAAACAGGCGGAACAGAGAGUUCAAGCGGCACUUCCACGCCUGAAGCCACCUCUGCAGCCGCUUUUUGCGAAACUCGCGUGUUGACUGCCAUGUUUGUGGCUGGCCUGGCUAUGGCGAUGGUGUUUUCGUGA